UAUACGUAUACUGCAGCAAUGCAACCAUUUGUGAAGUAUAAGAUGGACAAACAGCGGUGGGCAUUGUUAUAUCUGCUGCCGAUAUGGAUGAUGGCUGGAGGUGGCAUGGGAGCUGUGCGAAAUGUAACUGAAGAUCAUAGAUGGGUUGUAACAGAGUGGUCUCAGUGUUCUGCAAGCUGUGGAGGUGUCAGGGUUCGCUCUGUCUACUGUGUGAACAACUAUAGACUUGUUUCUGAUGGAUGCCAGUCUGAAAAACCGUCUAGUCUUGUCCUCUGCAACCUAGAUAAGUGCCAGAAACCAGGUUUGCAUCUGUGGCUGCGCAGUACGAGAAGAAAAGAGACAUCUACCGUCAGCAGCAAAACAACGCAGACAAAUGCCAUGGCCAGCUCAAUUGAACUGCAGUCCGUAAAACAGGCGUCGACAGGACUACUAGACUGGACGGUAUCAGAAUGGUCUGAGUGUUCAGCUACAUGUGGUGGAGGGUUCAGAGUCCGCUCAGUUCGCUGUUUGGACGAGUGUGGAAUCAUAUCACCCAAGGAUGGGAGGUGCAACACCAGCAAAGUGACCCGCCCACGUACCUAUGAUUUCUGUGCCCAGAUUGACUGCGACACAGGUUUAACGGACGACAAUAUACUGCCUCCAAACGGGACAUAUUCGUCAUCUAUUCCGGACGGUUCAUUGUCAGUCUUGGACUUUACGUCAACAAGCGUCGAAAGGUACCAAGUGAGUCACAACAUCACUGAGACCGAUGGGACACAAACAAUCCUUUUCGAAACUGCAAUCGAUGGAGACGGCACCUUCUCUUGCAUAACUAGUCCGGUGGACAUAGCCAUAACUGUUGGACAGCCACAGGGGAUGAACGUGUUCUUCUUAAAUGGAGAAUUCCUCUUUGAGCUUGACUGCGUCGAAACAACUAUCGUUCAACUGGGGCAAGCGGUGACUUACGACGGCAACACUGUAACUGUUGGAGGUAACGAGUUUACGAAUAUUACGACGUUCUGGUAUUGCGACGGUUUUCGAUGCUACAUGUUCAACAGUAGCAAAUCGUCAUUUGAAAUGUCAGGUCCAAGCAGCAAGCUUUUUACGAGUAAGUCCGUAGCACUCUACUCAGUUGCUGGACUUGUUAAUUCAGAUAUCGAGAACUUUCUUUUAAAUCCUCCACCGAUUAUAACUUCGGAACCAGUCACAACUCUCACCCAGUCAACUUUGCUCAUGAUGACUAGUACAAUUGCAUUUACGAGCAGUUUAUCAUCCGUGAUACCAGCAUUGACAACAAGCCAAGUUCCAGUUGAAACCUCAACAGUUGCAUUUACAAGUAUGUCUGUACCAAUUUCGACC